AUGCUUCGUCACUCUCUUCGCCUAUGUAUACGCCCGUUUAUCGUCCGCUUGUUCAUUCGCUUCGGCCAGGUAAUCCAUCUGAACCAACUCGCUCUACACGUGCGGCUACCACAUCUGAACUUAUUGAACGCUAUUCUCGUGGUCACUAUACAAAUGAGGUUAUUCCCGUCCUUGAAGAUGAUCGCUCCUCAAGAUAUCGCUCUCACCACACAUGAUCGCGUACCGCUUCGCAUCGCUCAAGCUUUCACACUCGCCAUCAAUUUCGACACUACAUCUCGCUUGGAACAUCUUGCUAAUCGUGAUCUCUACCUCAUCGAUGCAUUCCUACAGUGCUCAUUUUUCGCAUGA